UGCUCGUUCAUCUCCAUUCAGGCUUCCCCGGCAUUUAUUAAGGGCUCUCGGCUCCUGCCUCUCAUUCUCGCAGGAGAGGGAGCCUCUUGCCUCGUCCCCCUCUCGCCGGCUGUGCAAAGAACUUUGUCUCUCUCCAGCCAUGCACCUCCCUGCGAUUCUGUGUUGCGCUCUCUGGUCUGCGGUGUUGGCCGAGAACUCGGAUGAUUAUGAGCUCAUGUAUGUGAAUUUGGACAACGAAAUAGACCAUGGAUUCCAUCCCACAGAGGACCCCACGCCGUGCGACUGCAGUCGGGAGCACUCCGAAUGGGACAAGCUCUUCAUCAUGCUGGAGAACUCGCAGAUGAGGCAGGGCAUGCUGCUGCAGGCCACGGACGACGUGCUGCGGGGCGAGCUGCAGAGGCUGCGGGCGGAGCUGGGCCGGCUGGCGGGCAGCCUGGCGAGGCCGUGCGCGCCGACGGUCCCCGCGGAGGCCGGGCUGGCCCCGGCGCUGGAAGAGCUGCUGCGGGCGAGCCGCGACGCGGGCCUCCGGCUGGCGCGCCUGGAGGGCGCCUGGACGCCGCGGCCGGAGGCGGCGGGGCGCGGCCUGGGCGCGGUGCUGGAGGAGCUGCGGCAGACGCGGGCCGACCUGCGCGCCCUGCGGGGCUGGGCGGCCGGGCGCUGGCUGCCGGCAGGUUGUGAGACAGCGAUUUUAUUCCCAAUGCGUUCCAAGAAGAUUUUUGGAAGUGUGCAUCCAGUGAGACCAAUGAAGCUUGAGUCUUUCAGUGCCUGCCUUUGGGUCAAAGCCACAGAUGUGUUAAACAAAACCAUCCUCUUCUCCUAUGGCACAAAGAGGAAUCCAUAUGAGAUCCAGCUGUAUCUCAGCUACCAGUCCAUAGUGUUUGUGGUGGGUGGAGAAGAAAACACACUGGCUGCUGAUACUGUGGUUUCUCUAGGAAGGUGGACCCACCUGUGCGGCACCUGGAAUUCAGAGAAGGGGCGCGUGUCCUUGUGGGUAAAUGGUGAACUGGUGGCCACUGCUGUUGAGAGGGCCAUGGGUCAUGUUGUUCCUGACGGAGGAAUCCUGCAGAUUGGCCAAGAAAAGAAUGGCUGCUGUGUGGGAGGAGGCUUUGAUGAAACAUUAGCCUUUUCUGGAAGACUGACAGGCUUCAAUCUCUGGAAUCGUGUUCUCAGCCAUGAAGAGAUAAGAGAGACUGGAGGGGUGGAGUCUUGUCACAUCCGGGGGAAUGUCGUCGGGUGGGGGGUCACAGAGAUUCAACCACAUGGAGGAGCUCAGUAUGUUUCGUAAGUGUUGUGAAACUCUACUUGAAGCCAAAGAAAGAAACUCACAUUUUAAAUAUAUGCCACUUUGGAAGGUCUAAAAACCCCAAUGCAUCAUAAGCCUUGAGACUAAUGAAGGAGAGAGUUGAGAUCGAUCUUUAUUUAUCUUGGCAAAAUACUGAAUAAACAGUUGAAGGGAAGACAUUGGAGAAAGCUUUGGGGGAUAUUGUUACUAGACUUUGUGCCAUGGUGCUUUCUGAUUAAUGCUGUGCCUCUGUCAGAUAAACUCUCAAAUAAUUAAAAAGGACUGUAUUGUUGAAUAGUAGGACAAUUGUUUUACUUUUCUUUGGUUAAUUUUGUUUUGGCCAGAGAUGAAUUUUACAUUGGAAGAAUAACAAAAUAAGAUGUGUUGUUCAUUGUUCUUUGUUAUUGGUAUGUACCUUAUUACAAAAAAUUAUGAUAAAAACAUAUUUAUACU